GCCAACUCUAAACACUACACACAGUUCUUGAGCUACAAGUGACAGCGGCAGAAUAAACUCGAGCAGUUCAAGAGAGAGAGUAGCGGAUAUUUUUCUGAUUUUUUCCCCCAAGACUUUUACAGAUGCUGAAACCAGAAACAAUUUUUAUUUUUCACUAUGAGUAUUUCUUCCCAUCUUGGGAACGCAACAGCUGUGUCCAAGAAUGACACGUCUGUGACUGGAAAUUCCAGCAGCGCUAUUUCUUAUGAAUGGGAGUACUACUAUGAUUAUCUUGAUCCUGUGAUUGUGGACGAGAGUAAGCUGACAUACAAUAAAUAUUCGAUUGUCAUAAUAUUGUGGAUAAGUCUGGCUGCAUUUGUGGGAUUUCUCUUUCUCAGCUUGAAUCUUAUGUCUCUGAGUGGAAAAUGGCCAAAGAUACACAAACUCAGAGGACACCACAGAGGAUCAAAUGCUUGA